AGUUAAUUGCGGUUAUGAGUGUAGCUAGCUAGCUGGCAGGUGUGGAGCUAAAUUAAAGAUGUCUGACUGGGAAGAGUACAACGAGGGCUGCGUUGCUAUCCAGAAGCCUGCUACGAAAUCACCUCCGACUGAAUGGAAAUUGCCAUGUAAUGACCGUCAAAGGGAAAAUGUAUUUUUCGGUGUAAGAAAUGGAGCCAGGUUUGGAGGCUCAAGAGAGUGGAGAGCUGAUCGUAGCGGCGAGAGAUCCGAGUACAAAAGUCGCAGAGGCGAAGGCCGUCCGCUUCCCCGGAGCACUAGACAGCGAAGCUUUGGCGAUGAAAAGUCGGACUCUUCCCCGCCUGUAAUUGUCACCGUGGAAAAUGCUUCAGUGGGGAGGGUAAUAGGUCGCGGGGGAGCCAAAAUCCGUGAACUUGAAGAAAGCACCGGUGCCAGAAUCAAGAUAAACAAGGGAGACUAUGAAGGUGAGGUGGUUAUCUUUGGUUCCUCUGCUGCCCAGCAGAAGGCCAAGAAGAUGAUUGAAGACCUGGUGGCAGAUGGCAGCUCUCGAUUUCGCAAUGGUCUUGGUAGGUGGAGCAGCUAUGGAGGAGGCUACAGAGGGGGAGUUGAUGGAGAAGUAAGGAAUGAUUCUGCCUGGUCUGCUGCAGAAUUAGAGGCUGCAAAAGCCGCCCCGGCCCGUGUAUCUAUAGACUGGAACACCAUCCGGGAGAACAAGGAUAAGUACGAGGCGCUCAAGUGGAAGGACCUCCCACCCAUGAAGAAGAAGUUUUAUACUGAGGCAGAGUGUGUAUCCAUGCUCACAGUAGAAGAAGUCAGUGAAUGGAGGAAGGAGAAUAACAAUAUCUUUGUGGACGACCUGAAGGAGGAGGGGGAGAAGCGGCCAAUUCCCAAUCCCUGUCGCACCUUUCUGGAGGCCUUUGAGCUUUAUCCAGAGAUCAUGGAAAAUAUUGAGCAAGUUGGUUUUGUCACACCAACCCCCAUCCAGUCUCAGGCGUGGCCAGUGUUGCUGAGCGGGGAGGACCUGAUUGCCAUCGCUCAGACAGGAACAGGGAAAACCCUGGCCUACCUGCUGCCGGGGUUCAUCCACAUGGACGGACAGCCUGUACCUAGAGAUGAACGGGGUGGUCCAGGCAUGUUGGUGCUGACUCCCACCAGAGAGCUGGCCCUGCAGAUUGAAACUGAGUGCAAAAAGUACAGCUAUAAGAGCUACAAAAGUCUCUGUAUCUAUGGUGGAGGUGAUAGGAGAGGCCAGAUCAACCUGGUGAAGGGCGGAGUGGACAUAGUGAUCGCUACACCAGGCCGGUUAAAUGAUCUGCAGAUGAAUGAGCUCAUCAAUCUACGUUCCAUCACGUACUUGGUGCUGGAUGAGGCUGACCGUAUGCUAGAUAUGGGCUUUGAACCCCAGAUUAUGAAGAUUCUCCUGGACAUCCGCCCAGACCGACAGACUGUCAUGACCAGUGCCACCUGGCCCACCGGUGUGAGACGAUUGUCCAAAUCCUACCUAAAGAAUCCCAUGAUGGUUUAUGUGGGCACCCUGGACUUGGCGGCAGUUAACACAGUGCAGCAAACAGUGCUGAUCGUCCAUGAAGAGGAGAAAAAGUCAUAUGUGUUUGACUUCAUCAGAGACAUGCUCCCCCAGGAUAAAGUCCUAAUCUUUGUUGGCAAGAAGCUUCUGGCUGAUGACCUGUCUAGUGACCUGUGUCUGCAGGGUCUGGCUGUGCAAAGUCUCCAUGGUGACCGUGAGCAGUGUGACCGUGAAGAAGCCCUCAAGGACUUUAAAGAGAGUAGAGUUCGUAUCCUGGUUGCCACAGACUUGGCAUCUCGAGGGUUGGAUGUCCAUGACAUAACGCAUGUCUUUAACUAUGACUUCCCACGUAAUAUAGAAGAGUAUGUCCAUCGUGUGGGCCGUACUGGCCGAGCAGGGCGUUCAGGUGCUGCUGUUACCCUGGUAACAAGAGAGAACUGGAGGAUGGCCGCUGAGCUGAUUCCCAUCCUGGAGCGAGCAGGACAGGAGGUCCCUGAGGAGCUGGUGCUUAUGGCAGACAGAUACGAGAAGCACAAGAGGGAGAAGGAGAUGUGCCAUCCAGGGGGAACACGAGGAGGAGGAGGAUGGGGGAGGAGAGAUGGGGGAGGGAAAGGAGGCAGGGAUCGAAGCCAAAACUGGGGAUUCUAAUGCAUGAUUGUCCAUGGUGGGGCAGGAUCUGAAACCACCUGUGUUGUAAUUUCUUUUGAAUGUAUUUAAUUAUUUUGAUUUAAUUAUUUUCUUUUUACUGGAUUAUCAUCCAUUGUCAUUUAGAGGCAGUUACACCUCCAUUAUGUUGUCCUCCUGUUUUGAAAAUGUUUAAAAUAAGCAAUUUUGACAGUUUUCUUCUGUCUGUAACUCACCAACCACAGCAGUGUUGAAUGUUUUGUUAUGUAAUUUCUUGAUUUUGGCAGAAAGAAAUCUGUAUAAUAAAUUCACCUUUUUAAAGAGCCUUGA